CGGUGUGGUGACGGAACCUUUCUCUUCGUUCCGGCUUGACUGGAGCAAACAUGGCGGCAGAGGGAGAUGUCGAUUUGGACCUGGAAGCAGAGGAGAACUGCACCGGGAAACCGGCAGAGAAGCCUCGGAAACAUGACAGCGGAGCCGCGGACUUGGAGCGGGUCACGGACUACGCCGAGGAGAAGGAGAUCUCCAGCUCCGAUCUGGAAACGGCAAUGUCGGUGAUCGGAGACAGAAGGUCACGAGAACAGAAAGCCAAGCAGGAGAGAGAAAAGGAGCUGGCCAAAGUCACCAUCAAGAAAGAGGACGUCGAACUAAUCAUGUCGGAGAUGGAGAUCUCACGGGCCGUGGCCGAGCGCAGCCUGAGGGAGCACAUGGGGAACGUGGUGGAAGCUUUGGUGACUCUCACCAACUGAACAAUCAGCGAUUUCACACUGGACUGCUUCACUUUCUUCUUGUGUUUGACCUGAGACUCAUCGAAAACCAGAGAGGCCGAGUGGUUGAACUGUUGUGUACUUUUUUUUUUUUUAAAUAAAAGCUGGCAGUUUGCUCA